AUGACAGAGGGCACCGCGCCGACGGUUGAAUGUUUAGAUAACACACUGGACGGUCUGAACGAGCAGCAGGAGCAGCAAGAGCAGCAGCAGCAACAGCAAGAGCAACAAGAUCAGCAACACGCGGAGGCGGUGCAGGGAACGGUCGGUGUACGUAUCGAGGUAACGAGUGCGCCAUCGGCAGGUUCCGUCGAGCUAGUCGCUAUCGGUAAGGAGUGCGAGGAAUCGUCAAAGUCUCGGGACGACCAGCAGCAGCAACAACACCAACAGGCAGUCGCGAUGUCGCAAAGUACAAAGCAGGUGUCGAAAGCGGAAAAAGACCUCCCGGAGCGUGGAUCCUGGGGGUCCAAGUUGGACUUUAUCCUAUCGGUGGUCGGGUUGGCGAUCGGGUUGGGCAAUGUGUGGCGUUUCCCGUACCUGUGCUACAAGAAUGGCGGCGGUGCGUUCUUGAUCCCGUACUUUGUCACACUCUUCCUGGCCGGCAUACCGAUGUUCUUCAUGGAACUGGCACUCGGCCAGAUGUUGACGAUCGGUGGGCUGGGUGUGUUUAAGAUUGCGCCCAUUUUUAAAGGUAUCGGUUAUGCAGCGGCCGUGAUGUCCUGUUGGAUGAAUGUAUACUACAUCGUCAUCCUUGCGUGGGCCAUAUUUUACUUCUUCAUGUCGUUACGUGCAGAUGUACCUUGGCGAACGUGUGAUAAUGCGUGGAACUCGAUCAACUGUGUCAAUCCUUACGAUCGCAAGGACCUGCUGUGUUGGGAAACGCUCGGAGUGAACGGUACCCUCACCAAGAUUUGCUCACUAAACUCGAACAACGUGACCAUGACCGAUUUGGCCGAUCCGGUGAAAGAAUUCUGGGAACGCCGCACAUUGAUGAUCUCGAGCGGUAUAGAUCAGGUUGGAUCGAUCCGCUGGGAACUUGCUGGGACGCUUCUGCUGGUGUGGAUCUUGUGCUACUUCUGUAUCUGGAAGGGUGUCAAGUGGACUGGCAAGGUCGUGUACUUUACUGCCCUGUUUCCGUACUUCCUGCUUACCAUCCUGCUGAUCCGUGGCAUUACGCUACCAGGUGCCUUCGAAGGCAUCAAAUUCUACGUCAGCCCCAAUCUUUCGAAGCUUGCCGAAUCGGAGGUGUGGAUCGAUGCAGUCACGCAGAUCUUCUUCUCGUACGGUCUCGGUCUGGGAACGCUGGUUGCUCUCGGCAGUUAUAACAAAUUUAACAACAAUGUGUACAAAGAUGCCCUGAUUGUAUGUACCGUCAACUCGAGUACCAGUAUGUUUGCCGGCUUCGUGAUCUUCUCCGUCGUCGGUUUCAUGGCACACGAGCAGCAGCGUCCAGUGGCCGAAGUGGCCGCGUCCGGCCCAGGUCUUGCCUUCUUAGCCUAUCCAUCGGCCGUCCUACAGUUACCGGGUGCACCGCUCUGGUCGUGUUUGUUCUUCUUCAUGCUGUUACUGAUCGGUCUCGACUCGCAGUUCUGCACCAUGGAGGGCUUCAUUACGGCGGUAAUCGACGAGUGGCCUCAUCUGCUGCGCAAGCGUAAGGAAAUUUUCAUCGCGGUCGUGUGCAUGAUCAGCUAUCUCGUUGGUUUGACGUGUAUUACGGAGGGCGGUAUGUAUGUGUUCCAAAUUCUUGACUCGUACGCGGUCAGUGGCUUCUGUUUGCUGUUCCUGAUGUUCUUCGAGUGUGUCUCGAUCUCGUGGGCUUACGGGGUGGACCGUUUCUAUGACGGCAUCAAGGACAUGAUCGGCUACUAUCCGCUAUCGUGGUGGAAGUUCUGCUGGGUCGUCACUACUCCUGCCAUCUGUGUCGUAAGUAUUGGGUAG